AGAUUUUUGGCUCCGCCUUGUAAGCGGACAGGAAGCGCCUCCACUACCAAGUGAUUUGCCAGUUUUAAGAAAAGUGAAGUAAGGCCGAAGUUAAAUCGAAGGAUUUGAUCGAAGACAUCCGCAAGUUUAGUGUGAAYUCUAUGUGCGACCUACCUCGAAUGUGGUUUGAUACUAAAGAACCAAGUGAAAAACAUGUUUUCGUUCAUGCACUAAAUGUAGCAGUAUAGCCAGUUAACGAAAACAUCAAGAAACGUGCCAGGCCAUGGCCCAGGGCAGUGAGGUCCAGUACGAGCCGGUGGCAGAGAUCGGAGGCGGUGCGUACGGGACGGUGUACAAAGCUCGGGACCUGGAGAGCGGCCAGUUUGUAGCUCUGAAGAGCGUUCGCGUCCAGACGGACCAAGAUGGCCUCCCCAUCUCCACAGUCAGAGAGGUGGCCCUGCUGAAGAGACUGGAGCAGUUUGACCAUCCCAACGUGGUCAAACUCAUGGACGUGUGUGCCACCCUGAGGACGGAUCAGGAGACUAAAGUCACCCUGGUGUUUGAGCACGUGGACCAGGACCUUAAGACCUACCUUGCGAAGGCCCCCGCCCCAGGACUGCCCUCCAGCAGCAUCCAAGACCUGAUGCGUCAGUUGCUGUGUGGCCUGGCGUUCCUCCACUCGAACCGCGUGGUGCACCGGGACCUGAAGCCAGAGAACAUCCUGGUCACCAGCCGUGGUCAGGUGAAGCUCGCCGACUUUGGACUGGCAAGGAUCUACAGCUACCACAUGGCCCUCACUCCUGUGGUGGUGACUCUGUGGUACAGGCCUCCUGAGGUCUUGCUCCAGUCCACCUAUGCCACGCCUGUGGACAUCUGGAGCACGGGCUGCAUCUUUGCUGAGAUGUUCCGACGCAAGUGAGUGGUCAAGGCUUAUUUGAUAUACUGGAAAAUACCUGUAUUUAUCUUUUGAGACUCUUAAUGUAAUGUACAAUGAGUGUCCAAAACAUUAAGAGCACCUUC